AUGUCGACUAGUCCUUCUCAAAGAAAUAGUUCACCAGAAAUAGCUACUACAAUGACAAGUAAUAUUAAUGAAGAUGAUGCACAACAGUUUCAACAAAUUAUACGUGACCGAAAAUACGAACGCGAAGAUAUUCAAAAGAAAGCAUUCACUAAAUGGGUUAAUAAUCAAUUAGCUAAUGCAAGUUCAACACUAGCUGUUACAGAUUUAUUUCAAGAUUUACGUGAUGGUGUCGUCCUACUUCGAUUAUUGGAAAUACUUACUGGGAAUGAAUAUAAAAGAGAAAAUGGUAAAAUGCGUGUACAUCAUAUUGAAAAUGUUAAUAAAGUCAUUGCUGUACUUAAUGAACAUGGAAUUAAACUUCUUAAUAUAUCAUCUAAUGAUAUUGUUGAUGGUAAUCCAAAAUUAACACUUGCAUUAAUAUGGUCAAUUAUUCAAUAUUGGCAAGGAAAAGAUGUUAUUGAAUCUGUUGUACCUGAUUCACGACAGACAAAUAUUGAAAAAUUUCUUCUUUCAUGGUGUCAACAACAAACAAAAGGAUAUAAAGGUGUAACAAUUAAUGAUUUUACACGUAGUUGGCAAGAUGGUCUUGCUUUUAAUGCAUUAAUUCAUAAGUUUCGUCCAGAUUUAUUUGAUUAUGACGAUCUUUUACAAAAUACACAAGCUAAAAAUCUUGAAAAUGCAUUUAGUGUAGCAAAAAAUAGUUUCAAAAUUGAUCGAUAUCUUGAUGUUGAAGAUCUUCUCUCAGAUUAUCCUGAUAGAAAAUCUAUUUUAAUGUAUGUAAUGUGUCUCUUUCAACAAUUACCAUCAAGUAAUAUUGUGAUCGAAGAUAAUGAGAAAAUUGAACCAUCGACGACGACGAUUACAAGUGAUAAUACAACGGAGAUAAAGUCUCUAUCAGAAAAUGAUUUAAUACAAUUGAACAAUUUUAAAACAAAUAUUGAAAGAAUACUUCAAUGGAUUCUUAAACUUGAAGAUGAACUUGAUAAACAAGAUAAAACUAUGUCAAAUGAUUUAAAAACUAUUAAAGAACAAUUUCAAAAUCAUGAAGAGUUUAUGGUUAGUUUAACAAAAGAUCAAAAUCAAAUUGGUGAUAUACUUCAUGAAGGAAAUCAAUUAUUACGAACACAUAAAAUUAAUUUACAACCACGAGAAGAAAAUGAAAUAAAAGAACAAAUGAAAGUUCUUAAUCACCGAUGGGAAUUAUUACGUUCAAAAUCACUUGAUAGACAAUCAAUUCUUCAUAAAACUUUAAUGAAACUUCAACUUGAUCAAAUUGAAACAUUCGAUAAUUGGUUAUAUCAAACUGAACAACGUAUAUCAAGAGAUUUAGAUGUAAUGGGAACAAAUUUAUCAGGUAUUGAACGACAAUAUCAACAAUUAGCUCAAUUACAAGAUGAACUUGUUGCACAACAAAUUACAACUGAAUCAUUACAAAAUAUGAUUAUUGUUGUUGAUGAUACGUCAUCAAAUGAUGAAGAUCAAAUAUCACCAACAUAUACAUCAACAGAAAUCGAAGGAAAAUUAUUAAAUUUAAGUGAACGUUGGGCACAUAUAUGUAAUUUUGUACAUAAUCGUUGGAUACAAUUACAAGAAGUUAAAAUUGAAUUUGAACAAAUUGAAUUAAAUCUUAAUAAAGUUGAUAAAUGGUUAAUAGAUAAAGAAAAUGAAAUGAAUAAAAUGAAAUCAGAAACAAAUAUUAGUAAUACUGAUAUACUUAUGCAACAAGUUCAUUCAAUUCAGAAAACCGAAUCAGAAAUGAAUGAUAUACGUCAAUCAAUUCUAUCAUUAGAUAAUAGUUUAAAAAUUCUUAGUACAUUUUAUGAUAGUACAACAUCAAAUGAAUUAAAAAUUUUAAAUGAACAAAUAAAUAAUUUUGAAAAACGUUGGGCACAACUUAUUGAUGACCUUGAACAAUGUUCAACAAAAUUAAAAAAAUUGAGUGUAAAUUUUGAAAAAAAUGCUCAAACAAAUAUAAAACCAACUACUGAUGUAGCACAAAAACCAACAACAACAACAACAACAACAACAGUCGUUGAAGAAACAAUAAUAACAACUGAUCAAACUCCAGAUGAUUCAAUAAAUAAAAAGCAAAAAAUAAAUUAUGAAAAUACAUUAAAAUCAGAUUUUGAUUUAUCAGCUAGAAAAUAUAUUGAUUGGAUUGAUAAUAUUGAAAGAAUAUUAGAUGAAAAAUCAGUGAAUCAAUUACAAUUGCAUGAACGAGAACAUAUUAUUCAAGAAGUUAAAACAAAAUAUCUAUCAUAUGAUGAUCAAUUUAAAGUUCUUAUUCAAACAGGAAAUGUCAUAACCAAACAAUUGAAAGAUGCAAAUGAAGAUUCGAAUGAACAUGAAUCAACAUUAAAAAUAUUAGAAAAUCGAUGGCAAGAACUUCAUAAACAAAUUCUUAAAUAUGAACAAGAUAUUGAACAAUCAAAAUUUAAUGAUGAAAUUCAAGAAUUAAUUAAAAUACGUAAUGAAUAUCAAACAUGGCUUGAUUCAACACCAUUAUCUUAUUCAAAUACUGAAUAUCAGACGUUACUUAUAACUAGUUAUUUGCAUUUUCAUUCACCUCACGAUAUUUGUAUACAUACAUAUACUGGAUUGACGAAACGUGCAAAAUUAACAAAUUUUCAAACAUAUAACGAACGACUUGCUCAUUUAAAACGUAUGGCUGAUCAUUUUGAUACAAAUACUAUACAACGUACAAAUGAUUUGUUACGUUCAUGGGAUGAAACACAUUCUCGAAUACGUGAACGAAUUAUUCCUGUCGAACAUAUGCAACAACAAUCAUCAGGAACUACAACUGGUUCGAACGUAACAUCGUUUCGUCAAACAGGUAUUUCAUCAGUUCCAAUAAGUCCAAAUCAAACAGAAAUACAUGAUCAAUUAUCAACAGCAACAACAACAGCAGCAACAACAACAACAAAUCUAGGUCCAUCAAUUGGUGAAAAUGGUAGUGUUUUUACUUUAACAAAUAUUUAUACAUUUGGUGGUAAUGAUGGAUCGUAUAACACUGGUUUAUCGGAUUUAGCAUCAGAUAAAUAUCGUGUAAAAUCAUAUGUUGAAGUAUUUGAUCAGCCAUCAUCACAACAAGAUAGUGAAUAUGAACGACGUUAUCGUGAAAGUCAUUCAUCAUCUGUUACACGAAAAAUACGUACAAGUGCUACUGACACAUAUGAUUAUGGUCAAAAUGGAAAUUAUGAAUCAGCACAUUAUCAACAUAACUAUGAAACAACAAGUCCAUCAUCACUAAGACAUAUUCAUGAACAACCAUUACCAGGUACAAAUUAUUUAUCAUUAUUACCAACAAUAUUUAAUGAUACUCAACGUAAAUUACGUGUAUGGCUUGAAUAUGUUGAACAAUCCUUAUUACAUGAUAAAGUUCGUGUUAAUGAUAUUCAUACAAUUACUACGAAAAAAAAAGUUUAUAAAGAUUUACUUGAUCAAACAUUUGAACAAGAACAUAAUUUAGAAUCAUUAAAUAAAAUAUCUAAUGAAUAUUAUUCAAAAUUAACUGUUGAUGUUAGUCGACGUUUACAAGAUGAAUUAAAUAAUUAUCGUGAUCGUUUAAAUGAUAUUAAAAUGUUUUUAAGUGAACGUUUAACAAAAUGUAGUACUCUUGAUAAAACAUUAAAUGAUUUUGAAAGUGGAGUUGAAGAAGUUAAAAUUUGGAUACGUAAUGCUCAAACACGUUUAACAAGUGAUACAAGUACAUAUGGAUUAGAAAACCAAUAUGGUCGAAGUCAAACUCUUCAACAUGAAAUACGUGAAAUGCAAAUAGUUAUUAAUCGCUUAAAUAAAGAUGUUAUUGAUUUAACACAAGAUGUUGAUGAAAUAUUAGGAAGACGUUUAAGAGAUGAUAUACGACAAUUAAAUGAAAGUUGGAGUCAUUUUAUUAGUUCAACGAAAACCUAUUCACAAAAUAUUCAGGAUGCUUUAAAACGUAAUAAAUUAAUACAAGAAGAUAUUCGUGAAUUAGAAGAUUGGAUUAUGGAAAAAGAACGUGAAACAUUACUUGAUGAUGGAUCAAUAUUUUAUCAUGAACAAUUGCGUGAACGACUUGAACAGUAUCAAAGACUUCAAACGGAACUUAAUAUUAAAGAACAUACUGUACGAACUUUAGUUGAUCAAACUCGUCAUGAUAUAAGUCAAUCAUCAGCUGAAUUAUCACAACAAAUUGAAAUGCUUGUUUCAAAUUGGACAAAUUUACAAAAAAGAGUUGAUAGUAAAGUUAUAUUUUAUACAGAUCUUUAUAAAUUAUAUGAAGAAUUAAAAGAUUUACUUUAUCAUGAAAAUAUUUGGCUUGAUACAUUACAAAAUAGAAUCUAUACAACAGGAAAUACUAAUGUUGAUCUCGAAGAUGCAUCUGAAGAACUUGAUAGUCUUGAACGUUUUCUUAAAGCUCAUUCAAGAUCUAAUUAUGAAAAAAUUUUUGAAGUAUCAGAUCGUCUUCAAACAAUAAAAGUGUCAAUACCAACAAUAAAUAGUCAAAUAAAUCAAUUUCGUAUGCGUUGGGAUCAAUUACAUGACGAUGUUGCGAAAAAAGUUCAUACGUUGAAUUCUCAAAUAUCUGAUUUUCAACAAUUAAGACAUCAAAUAACAGCUAUGUUUGAAUGGAUAAAUCAUACAGAUGCACUACUUAGUUCAAGAUUAAAAGAUGAUGUUUAUGCUAAUGAUGUACCGAGUGAAGCUGAAAAAUUAACUCUUGAAUUUAGUCAAUAUGAAACAUUUUUACGUAGCAUUGAAGAUAAAAUUCAUUCAUUACGUGUUAUAGGAAAACAUGAUGCUGCUAAACGACUUGAACAACAAUUUGUUUCAUUAAAAAAUCGAUUUAUUCAAUUAAAAAGUAAAUUUCGACAAUUUCAAAAACCAUCUGAUUUUGAACCAAAAUAUGCUAAAAUGCGUCAAAUUUUACAUGAUGUUGAACAAAAUAUGUAUACACUUGAAAUACGUUCUGAUGAUCCAGAUGUAAUUCAUAAUCAAUUAGAACAUUGUUUAAGACUUUAUAAAACUUUAUCAGAUAUUAAAUCUGAUGUUGAAUAUGUUAUUCGUAUUGGACGUAGUAUUGUUGAAAAAGGACAAACAGAUGAAUCAAAUGAAUUAACAAGACAGAUCGAUCAAUUAAAAACAACUUAUAAUAAUCUUGGAGCUAAAGUAUCAACAUUAAGAAAUCAAUUAGAUAGUGUUGAACGUCAUUUACGAAAAUUUCGUAAAGAAUAUUCUCAUAUUCAUGAAUGGUUUGUUAAAGCUGAUCAUGAAAUACGUAAAAUAGAAAAUAAACAAGUAUCAAAAAAUACAAAAGAAGAAAUUGAUUGGAUACGAACAACACGAAAUGAUAUUAAAAAACUUGAAGCUAAUUUUGAAAUAUUAAGAAAUUUAGAACGUACAAUACAAAAAGAUAUUGAAAGACCAUUACCUGGUCUUCAUGAAAAAAUAAAUGAAUUAAAACGACAAACUGAUCAAUUAGAUAGACGACUUAAAGAUCGUUCAGAAAUUGUUGAGACUGGCGUCAUACGUUCGACGUCAUCACAUUCUGAACCAUCACGUCGUUACCAUAAUUUACUUUAUAUUCCAUUUGAAUCGGGAUCUGAUUCAUCAUCAGGUAUAUCGGCAUCAUCAUCAACAACUCUUCCUCCUAUUGAAUAUAUUAUAUAUCCUAUUGGUUUACGUAAGGGUCAAGUGCGAAAAUUAGAAGAUGAUUAUCAAAGAUUUACUUAUAUAUAUAAAGAAAUCAUAACACGUUUGGAAAAAUUAGAUUCACUUUUAUCGGAUGCUGAAAGAGUUCUUGAUUUAACAAGAAUAUCACAAGUGCAAGAAGAAUUACGUAGUGUACGAAUUCAACUUGAUGAAAUACUUAAUCUUGGCCAAGAUCUUGUAUCAAAAAGUGAAACAUAUAGCAAACUUGUUGGCCCUGAUAUUGAAAAUAUAACACGUAAUUUCGAAGAAUUACAACGUCGUAUUCGUAUAAUACAGGAUAAGCAGGAUAAACGUAUACAAGACCAACAAACGACAACAACAACAACAACAUCAAAUAUUAAUCAAGAUGAUCAACGCGACGAUGUUCGUCGUGAAUAUUAUUCAGAAAAACGUUAUAAUCGUACUGAACGUGAAUCACAUCGUCGAUCACCAUCAGAAUCAUCAGAUAUAAGUACAACACAAGGUGUUAUUGAUGAAGAAUUUAAAAAAAAAUAUUUACGUUGUUUGGCUUAUAUGAAAUUAAUUGAACGUUUAUAUGAAAAUCAAUAUGAUACUGAUGAAGAUACUGACGUUAAACAUCGGAGAUUAUCCAAACGAGAACGAACUGUUCGUGAUCGACCAGAAUAUGAAGAAAUUGAAAGAAUUAUACGUGAAACAGAAGAACGAGCUUAUAUUGUUGAAAAAACUGAUGUUGAACAAGCACGUCGUAUAAGAGAAAAAAUUCGUCGACUUAAAGAUUGUUUAGAGAAUCUUAAAGUUCGUUCUGAACAAUAUCAAGCAAGUGAUGAAGUUGUUCGAUAUAAUGAACGAUAUGAAGAACAUGUUCGUACAACAGCUGGCGCAACAGUAGCAAAAGAACGAGAAAUGGAUUCCGAUUUUAUUUAUGAUAUUGAUGAUACACGUUCAGUAAUAAGUGAACCAGCACCACAACAUAAUGCAAAAUAUCGUAAAACAGUUCAUUCACUUGAACGUUAUAAAGCUGAUGAUCACGCACGUUAUAUUCCAUCAUAUGAAGAAUAUCAAUUACAACCAUUAUUACGUGUACGUAGUUUAAAAGCAAUUGAUCAUCAUACAUUAAGUGCACCAUCAUCACCAAUAUUACAACCACGUUAUCGUUCAUAUGAACGUUCGAAUGUUCAUUAUACAAAACAAGCAACAAAUCAACAAGGUCAUCAAGAUAAUUAUCAAAGUUCAAUAUCAAAAUCAGCUAGUAUGCCAAAUGGUGGUUUUCCAAUGCAUCAAUGUCUCUUGUCUUAUCCACCACCAGCACCACCUAGUUUUUGUCAUCAUCAACCUAUGACGUAUCGUGAACGUGUUAUUGAUAGACAUGUUGCUGAAAGAAGUACAUCACGUGGUGAAUCUCGUCGUCAACAACAGCAAGAAUCAAGUGGUCAUGUGCAACAACAACAACAACAACAACACCAACAACAGCAACAGCAACAACAAGUACGUUCAGCUAGUGCAAGUGGACAGACUCAGACACUUAAUCGAACAAUACCUGUUCAAUAUCAAACAUCAAAUGCAAAUACAUCUUCUGCUGCAUCAGGUGGUUUUCGAACAACAAAUGCGUAUUCACAAGAACAAUAUCCAACUUAUUUUUAUAAUGAACAGCAAAGUAGUGGCGGUGGCGGUGGUGGUGGUAGUUAUCGUCAACAAAUCAAUGAUCAACAGAUAUAUCCACCACAAAAUGUUGGUCGUCAUCCAACACGUAUUGCCAAUUAA